AGACCCAGGAAAAGCAAACUGCAAAUUAAGACAGUAUGAAAACUACGAGUCAAAGUUGUUCCCACUCGUCUGCGGCACAUAGAGUAGUAAAACCAAACACACCCAGCGAUAGAGUCACAUGGUCGAUCAUGAGGAAGUAAACAGGGAAGAGACGAAGCUGUGACAUCUACUGGAAAAGGACCACAGAACUUUGGAAAGUGCAGCUGCUUUUUUUUACCUUCUGUCCUUCAGCCAUAAUGGUGGACUUUUUGGCAGAAAACAACCUGUGCGGCCAGGCCAUCCUCCGGAUCGUGUCCAGGGGAAAUGCCAUCAUUGCUGAACUCUUGCGACUUUCUGACUUCAUCCCUGCAGUUUUCAGGCUGAAGGAUAAAAGUGACCAGCAGAAAUAUGGAGACAUCAUCUGUGACUUCAGCUACUUUAAAGGUCCAGAGUAUUAUGAAGGGAAGCUGGAGAACAAACCUGAGCUUCAAGACCUGGAUGAAGAGUUUAGAGAGAACCACAUUGAGAUUCUGUCCAGGUUCUAUCUGGCUUUUGAGAGUGUCCACAAAUAUAUAGUGGAUCUUAACAGAUAUUUGGAUGACCUGUAUGAAGGGGUUUAUAUUCAGCAGACGUUGGAGACGGUGCUGCUAAAUGAAGACGGAAAACAACUUCUAUGUGAAUCUCUCUACCUCUAUGGAGUCAUGUUGCUGGUUAUUGACCAAAAAAUCGAAGGGGAGGUCAGAGAGAGGAUGCUUGUGUCUUACUACAGAUACAGUGCGGCUCGUUCUUCAGCCGACUCCAACCUCGACGACAUCUGCAAACUCCUCCGUAGCACUGGUUACUCAAGCCAACCUGGAGCCAAACGACCGGCCAACUACCCCGACAGCUACUUUGCAAGAGUUCCCAUCAGUGCUCCCUUUAUUAGCAUGGUCAUUGGGAGACUGCGUUCUGAUGACAUCUACAACCAAGUUACUGCAUAUCCUCUGCCUGAACAUCGCAGCACAGCACUGGCCAACCAGGCGGCCAUGUUGUAUGUCAGCCUUUACUUCAGCCCUUCCAUUCUGCACACACAACAUGCCAAGAUGAGAGAAAUAGUGGACAAGUACUUCCCUGACAACUGGGUGAUCAGUAUCUAUAUGGGCAUCACAGUGAACCUGGUGGAGGCCUGGGAACCAUACAAAGCUGCUAAGGCUGCUCUGCACUACACACUGGACUCUCCUAACAUCAAAGAGCAGGCCUCGAGGUACGCAGCGAGCCUGGAGUCCUUGAAGCCACAGGUGCAGCAGCUGCUGAAGGAAGGCUUCCUGAGGGAGGAGAUCAUCCUGGACAACAUCCCCAAACUUCUCAACUGUCUGAGGGACUGCAAUGUUGCUAUUCGCUGGCUCAUGCUGCACUCUGCUGAAUCAGCCUACGACAUAAACAACAAGCGACUGCGUCAAAUCAAAGAUCAAGUUCUGAACGACUCCAAGUACAACCCCAAGAUCCUGUUCCAGCUCCUGCUUGAUACUGCACAGUUCGAGUUCACGCUGAAAGAGAUGUUCAAGCAGAUGCUGUCGGAGAAGCAGCUUAAGUGGGAGAGCUACAAAAAGGAGGGAUCGGAGAGAAUGACUGAGCUGGCUGAAGUCUUCUCCGGUGUCAAACCUCUCACCAGAGUGGAGAAAAACGAGAACUUACAGGCCUGGUUCAGAGAAAUCUCAAAGCAGAUCGAGUCUCUGAACUACGAUGAUUCUACAGCUGCUGGGAGGAAGACAGUUCAGCUCAUACAGGCUCUGGUUGAGGUCCAGGAGUUCCAUCAGCUGGAGUCCAAUCUGCAGAUUUGUCAGUUCCUGGCUGACACCAGAAAGUUCCUGCACCAAAUGAUCCGCACCAUCAAUAUCAAAGAAGAAGUUCUCAUUACCAUGCAGAUAGUGGGGGAUUUGUCUUACGCAUGGCAGAUCAUUGACAGCUUCACAACCAUCAUGCAGGAGAGCAUCAGAGUGAACCCGUCCAUGGUCACAAAACUGAGAGCUACAUUUCUCAAGCUUGUAUCUGCACUGGACCUGCCUUUGCUCCGUAUCAACCAGGCCAACAGUGAUGACCUGAUGAGUGUUUCGCAGUUUUAUUCUGGAGAAUUAGUGGCUUAUGUCAGGAAGGUGCUUCAGAUCAUCCCAGAAAGUAUGUUCACUUCUCUGGCCAAGAUCAUCAAGCUUCAGAUCCACGACAUCAUGGAAGUGCCCACACGUCUGGACAAGGACAAGCUGAAGGAUUACUCCCAGCUCGGAGCUCGCUACGAAGUGGCAAAACUCACUCACGACAUCUCCAUUUUCACCGAGGGAAUCCUGAUGAUGAAGACCACUCUUGUGGGAAUCAUCAAGGUUGAUCCUAAACAGCUUUUGGAGGACGGCAUCAGGAAGGAGCUGGUGAAGAGAGUUGCCUAUGCUCUGCACAAAGGGUUGAUAUUCAAUCCCAGGUCAAAGUCCAGUGAGUUGAUGCCCAAGCUGAAGGACAUGGCAGCCACCAUGGACGGUUUCUACAGGUCGUUUGAAUACAUCCAGGACUACGUCAGCAUUUACGGCCUUAAAAUUUGGCAGGAGGAAGUGUCUCGCAUCAUUAAUUACCAUGUUUAGCAGGGAUGCAACAAUUUCCUGAGGACCAAGAUCCAGGACUGGCAGAGUGUGUACCAGUCCACCUACAUCCCCAUCCCCACGUUCCCCCCAGUGGAUGAGAGCGCCACCUUCAUCGGUCGUCUCUGCAGAGAGAUCCUCAAAAUUACAGAUCCAAAGGUAACGUGCUACAUUGACCAAAUGAACACCUGGUAUGACUUAAAGAACCACCAGGAAGUGACCAGCAACCGGCUCUUCUCUGAGAUCCAGAACACUCUGGGCACUUUUGGCCUGAAUGGACUGGACCGUCUGCUCUGCUUCAUGAUUGUCAGGGAACUGCAGAACGCUCUGACAAUGCUUCAGAAGACCAUACUGAAGGACAGAGCAGUGGUUGACAUCUUUAAAGCAAUGCUGGGUGCUGUCACCCCAGUUCAGGGCAUUGUUGCUAAUGCCAGCAAAGUGUACGCCAGUGCUGUGGCCAAAACACAGAAGACCUGGGGUCCUUACCUGGAGGCCAUCAUGAAGGUUGGUCAGAUGCAGAUUCUCAGACAGCAGAUCGCUAAUGAGCUGAGCUACUCCUGCAAGUUUGACUCCAAACACCUGGCUGCUGCCCUGGAAAACCUCAAUAAGUCCCUGCUGGCAGACAUUGAAGCUCACUACCAGGAUCCAUCUUUGCCUUAUCCCAAAGAUGACAGCACUCUCCUGUAUGACAUCACUGCCUACCUGGAAGCUGCUGGUAUUCACAAUCCACUCAACAAGAUCUACAUCACCACGAAGCGUCUUCCUUACUUUCCCAUCACCAACUUCCUGUUCAUUAUUGCUCAGCUGACUAAACUUCAGUUCAACAAAAACCAAGGAAUGACAUGUAAAAAAGCCACAGAUCCAGUUGACUGGCCUCCACUGGUACUUGGCCUGCUUACCCUCCUGAAGCAGUUCCACUCCAGAUACACUCAACAGUUCUUAGCUCUCAUUGGUCAGUUCGUCCGCUCCAUAAUGGAGCAGUGUACAAGCCAGAAGAUCCCUGACAUGCCCUCAGAUGUGGUGGGAGCGCUGAUGUUCCUUGAAGACUAUGUGAAGUAUACCAAACUGUCACGCAAGGUGGCUGAAGCCCAUGUACCAAGUUUCAUCUUUGAUGAGUUCAGAACAGUACUGUGAAGAUCUGGACAAAGUUCUUCACCAGAAUAAAGCUGCCUUAGGCUAAUUUCAAAACAGAUAGUUUGACAAACCAGUGUUACUAAAAUAAAAAAAAAAAAUUUUAUUGAGUUUUUACUCUUAGACAAUAGCUGCCUGUCAUGGCUGAACCAGGUUAAACAUGUCCUGUGUACAAUGUCAAACCCUUCUGAGAGAAUAGCCAAGAGUUUACUCACAUUUCAUUGUUUAGACCGGAAAUGUCUUAAUGCACUAAGAGACUGUAAAUACAUUGUGUUUCAUAAAAUUAACCUUCCAUAUUUUGAAUUUCCACUUUGUGCCAUUGCUUGUUACAGAACUUUAAUAAAUACUAUAAUUCA